AAGACAACGUGAAAACAAGAAGAAGAAAACUUGUAAUACGUGAAAGAAAUACAUACUGAAAAGUGGCAAUUGAAAUUAACCAAACGAAUAGCCAAACGGCAUAGAAAUUUGUGUGUCCAAACUAAAUAGUUGGGCCUGCAGCACUAAUAUGUUUAAAUAAAAUGCUGCAAGCCAACGGUUGUGGCCUGUGCCGGCGCUCCAGCUAAAUCAAUAUUCUUCCAUGCAGCAGGAAGCCACGGUCUCCCUGUCCUCCUCUAUGGCCGCUCGUUCGUGUCAGACAAGAUUUCUUGUGUUUUUCACCGAGUGCUGAGUCCACCACGAAUGUCAACAGUAAAGAAAGCGUGGUAUAAACAGACAAAAGGGAAUACAGACAAAAACAAACAACAACUCACAAGAAUUUCAAAUUCAACGUUCCUUUAUGCGCUCUGCGUUAACUUGAGACUGACAACUGUCAACCGACCGACCUGACCCGAUCCGAUCCACUGGGCAUCGGAAAUUGAAAGUUGGAGCGUUUUUCCAAUCGAGUGCCGCCUGCUAAACAUGGGCAAACGCAUCGCUUCGGAACGCCAGCAUCAAACGGAAACGAAUAAAACACAAACACGGAAACGCAAGCGUCCAGCUGUUAAAGCCUCCCGGGUGGAGAAGUGCCAGCGCCUGAGCGCUGACAAUAACAAUUUUGAUUGGCAUGAAAACGAUGACGAGGACUCCUCCUCAUCCGGCUCGGCGAACGUAGCUCUGUUGCAAACACCACAGCCGCAGCCAGCGCCGCCAGGAGCACCACGUGCCCAGUGUCCGGUCAACUCGCGUGCAUCAUUGCUGUCCCUGGCCACAUUUGCCAGCGGCGGCUUUAGCGAUCACAACAAUUCCAAUGCAACCGAAUCACCGCGCCCGGUUUACACACUGCGCCCGUCCGUAGUCAAUGGCACCAUCCUAAGGGAUGUGCUCUCCAAGGCCUGGCGACUCGGACGACCCAUAGGCAAGGGCAACUUUGGCGAGAUAUUUCUUGCCUCGGAUGACACUGUUUGCCCGGUUAGCUCGGAGAGCGCCAAAUAUGUGGUCAAAAUAGAGCCACACUCGAACGGGCCGCUCUUCGUGGAGAUACAUUGUCUCAUCAAUACCAAUCAGACGCAGCAGAUUACGAAUGGCAACGAGGCGUGCAGCCUGGAGAAGCUGCCGCCAACAAUUAGCCAGGGUCCGCCCACGGGCAUUCCGAGCUACAUAGCCUCGGGCACACACUACUUCGGGGAUGGGCGUUAUCGGUUUCUGGUGCUGCCGCGCUUUGAUCGGGAUCUGCAUUCGCUGAUCAAGAACACGCGAGUGGCGCAAAAAUCUCUGCUGGUGCUGGCCAUAAACGUCAUCAAUGUGCUGGAGCAUCUGCAUGACAAGGGCUAUUGCCACAACGAUAUCAAGGCGCAGAACCUGAUGAUAUCCAAGUGCAAGUACCUCAAGCGGCAGCCGGUGCAGCAGGGCGGCGGCAAGAGCAAGAGCUACGAGGAGCACUACGAGGAGAAGCAGCAGACGACGGAUAGCGGCAACAGUUCCGAGCAGGAGACCAACGACGAUGACUACUUCGCGAAGAACGACAAGUUUGCGCUAAAGCACAUUGCGCCCAUCAAAGAGGACCACGAUGCCGAGGACGAGGACGAGGAUGAGGACUUUGAUGAUGGUGCCACAACAAAUAGCAACAAUAGCAACAGCCUGGACCUGUACCAAACGCCAGUGAGCAACAAAAAUAAGCGACGCGCACGCAAUGCUCCCGUCGAGUUUAGCGGCUCGAAUCCGAUGCGUUCGUGUCGCCGCAACGAUAGACGCAACUCCAGCUCCAUGUACGAGGAGAUGGUCAAGUCACAUUAUCUGCGACCGGCCAAGCGGGUCAGCUACUCGGAGCUCUUCAACGAGGAUGGCUAUCCGGUGAAAGCGGAUGCCAACAGCGAACAGUCGCCGGAGAGUUCGGACAAUGAGUCCGAUGAGUUUGUGCCGCCGUGUGCCAGGCGUUCGGGCGGCGCCAGUGCAGCCAAGCAGCGCGUCUCACGCUCCUCCACCCGCGUCAUCACCCGCCGCCAGGAGUCAAAGCAGCAGCAGCAGCAGCUAAAAUCUGAUGUCUCCGAACCCAUACCCAAAGGCGUGUCACGAAGUAAGCGUGCCGCCACACAGUAUCAGCUGGUGCAGGUGGAGGAGGAGCACAUAUUCCUGAUUGACUUUGGUCUGGCCUCCAAGUAUCAGGAUCGCGGCGUGCACAGGCCCUUCAUCAUGGAUCAGCGACGAGCGCACGAUGGCACACUGGAGUUCACCUCGCGGGAUGCACACUUGGGCGCGCAUUCGCGUCGCAGCGAUUUGGAAUGCUUGGGCUAUAAUUUACUGUACUGGUCGGAGGGUUAUCUGCCAUGGAAGGAUGUGGCCCAGCAGCAGCAGCAGGAGAAGGUGCAUCGCGCCAAGGAGCUGUUCAUGACCGAUGUGUGCGAAAUGCUGCGACAGUUCUAUGGCAAACAGGUUCCUAAAUACUUGGGCGAAUUUCUGCAGCAGAUCGGACAGCUCGCCUAUCAGGAGCGGCCCAACUAUGAGCGCUAUCGCAGCAUCUUCAAGCGCGAGUAUCGCCGCCUCGGCUACGACUGCAGCCAGAUGCAGUUGAGCAGCGAUGAGAUCUUGCGCACACGUGUCUCCUGCAUCAAGGAUGAGCUCGAUGGCGGCGCCAAGUGUGACAUAUUCGAGCUGAACAAUAAAAUUGCAUGCAAUGUGAUGCGCUCCGCGACGCUCAGCACACCAUUCCAGGAGCACUCGCUAACGAAUCGUGUCUCGCCCAAGAAUCUGCGUUCCAAGUCCAACAAAAAGAAUGCCAAGAAGAAGAAAUUCUCGUGGGCGGAGGUGCUGUCACAGGAUCCCGAUCAAAUAGCACGCGAGCGUGCUGUCAAAGAGUUUGAGCGUGAGGAGGUCAUCUGCCCGCUGCAGUCGCGUCUGCCCAGGCGGUACGAGGGCAGGCCGACCUAUGCGAUAUUGGCUGUGGAGCAGAGCAGACGGGACAAGGGGCUGUGCGUGCAGGAGCACAACAACGAAGAGGCAAGUGAAGCGGACAAAUACGAGGCCGCGGAAGAUAACGAUGAGGAUUAUGAGGAGGAGGAGGAGGAGGAGGAAGAAGAUGAGGAGCAGGAGGAGGAAGAAGAGGAGGAGGAGGAAGAAGAAGAGGUUGACAUGGAAGAAGCAGAGCCAGAGGCAACAAGUGAAGACGAAGAGAUGGAUUAUCAGCAGAGCGAUGAAAGUGAAGGCACGACACAGUCGGAGGCAGUGCGCCGGGGCCGUGGGCGUCCGCGCAACAACAGUAAACUGAUUCAGGUGCAGCAAGCGCAACAACAACAGCAGCUGGGAAAGGGCAAAGGCGCGACGCGCAAACGAACUGGCAAAUUGAGAAACACAAAUGGCCAUAGUCAGCAGCAGGAGCAGGAGCAGCAGGAUCACAGGGUGAUUGUCACACCGUUAACAACAGUCGGGGGCAAUAAACGUGGCUGCGCCACUCGCAAGGAGAACGCGACAAUGGCGUCCGCCACUGGUGAAUUGGAGCAGCAACAUCAUCAUCAUCAUCAUCAUCAUCAUCACAACAAUAACAACAACAACAAGCUAAAGUCCAGUCGAUCAGUGGAUCAGGAUCCAACCAAACAGCGGCGCACCCGUCGCUGUCUAUAUAAGACUGAACCACACAUACAUGGCGAGCGGCAGCAGGAUGUGGAGAACAACUAUGCCACAAAUAUGCAGAAUGUGUACAGCGUGUGGCAAUACGAUGAUGAGAACAGCUACGGCAAGGGGCGCAAUGUCAACUCGUCCAGGCAAUGCCGCAAGUGAUACGAUAGUUAGAUACCACAACCCCCUACCCUCCCCUCCCUCCCACAACAAAACAAAUAAUUAAUAGCUGCUGCUAAAUGGCAACAAAUUAGUGGAGCCUGGCAAAACUACAUAAAUAACAGUAAAUACAAAUAACAGUUAUGCUGCGUUUUCAAGUAUUUUUUAGAAGUAAACUAUACCCUAAGUGAAAGAGAGACACCAACAGAGAGAGAGAGAGAGAGAGAGAGAGAGAGAGCGAGCGCGAGAGCGCGAGGUGAAUUAAGAAUUAUGAUCAAAAGGCAGGAAAAUUGUGUUGGUUAGGCCUUCAUUGGAUCAAUGUCUAUUCAUCAAGUUGUUCCAGCACAUUUUAUACAGUGAAAAGCACAGAAUGUUGUGUAAUUUCUAUUGUUCUUUCAUUUUAUACAACAUUUUUAAGGACAUAUUAAGCAGAAAUUGUUACAGUACAGACAUAUAUAUAUAUAUAUACACACAUAGGAGAGAUGAAUGUGUAGGCACUGAGACAGGUGCACCGUUAGGUUAUAAAUUGGCCUUGAUAGCAAAUUAUUGUUUAAUUUUAAUUUUAUUUGAAAGUUUUUAAGUUACGCUCGCUUUAAGUCGCACCCGAAUAUUACAUAAAUGAUAAUCCCCUCAAAAAAAAAAGGAAUAAAAAGUAUUUAACUAGAUGAAGGUUAUUAUUGCAUAAAACAUAAUUAUUAAGUUUAAGCUAGGAUAUAAACUGCGUAUAUAAAUAAAAUACCUAGAAACUGUAUGUCUUUAAAAAUUACCCAUAUAAGCUAACUGUUUAAUUUCCCCAUAUCGAUUACGUUACAAAUAAUAACUCAUUUAUAGGGAAAUGGCGCUCUUAAUCGCAUUACAAACCUGCAGAAUAUGUUCGAUAGUUUCGAUGCGUCGCAUUAACUGGAAGAGUCGCAUCUCAGCACA